AUGGAUAGCAACAAAGAUGAGGCACAGCGCUGCAUUGACCUAGCUGAGCAGGCAUUCACCGAAGGCAAGAUCGAGCGGGCUGAGAAGUUUCUGCUAAAAGCGGAAAAACUCUACCCAACGGACAAGGCAAAGCAGCUACUGGCCAAGGUAAAAAGCUCUCCAUGCAGUGGCAAGGAACGUCCAGCGACCGGUGCCGACGCGGACUCUGGACCGCGUAAGCGUGUCAACUCCGAUUCCAAGCCCCAUGCGCCGGAAUAUACGAAUGAUCAGAUCGAGGCUGUCAAAAAGGUCAAAAAGUGUAAGGACUACUAUGAGGUGCUCGGUGUCAGUAAGACAGCCACCGAUUCAGAGAUAAAGAAGGCGUACAAAAAGCUCGCCUUGCAACUGCAUCCGGACAAGAACAAGGCACCUGGCGCUGUGGAGGCAUUCAAGACGUUGGGCAACGCCGCUGGCGUCUUAACCGAUGUGGAGAAGCGCAAGAACUACGAUCUUUAUGGCAUUAAUGAUUCGCAGAAUGGUGGCACCCGCGGCCACCAUGGCCAUUCCCAGCACUACAGUGACUAUGGCGGUUUCCAGGCGAAUAUGAGCCCCGAGGAUAUAUUCAAUAUGUUCUUUGAAAACGGAUUCUCACAGCAAAAUAUUUACAUGCGCCAGCAGCGACGCCGGCAUCAGACACGCGACGACAGAGACUCAAACAACUCGUCAGCCUUGAUAAACUUGUUGCCCAUUUUAUUGCUCAUCGGCUUGUCCAUGAUGUCGUCCUUCUUUAUAUCAGAUCCUAUGUAUAGUCUAACGCCUUCACAUAAAUACUCGGUGAAGCGUGAGACAAAUGGCCUCAAGAUUCCCUAUUACGUAAAGGACAAUUUCUAUUCAGAGUAUCAAGGUUCAGUUGCCCGUUUGGAGGAAUCGGUGGAGGAAGAUUUUGUCAAUCACUUGAAACACUCUUGUAGUCGAGAACGAAAUUAUCGUGACUCAAUGUUGGCUAAGGCUCGCACGUUUGGGGAUCGGGAUCUGUAUCGGAAGGCUCAAAACAUAAACACCCCAUCGUGUGAGAAUCUGCAAAAGUAUAUAAUCACAUGA